AGUAUAUAUUUUUACAAAAUGGUGGCUUCUUCGCGGAGAAAUUCGUAGUGGCGAUUUUUAACAAAAAGCACGCAUCUUGGCCAGCCAAUUAUUGCAAAUUGCUGGCGAAAACACUCGCAACGACGCUGGCUGCGGCGUGUGGCUGGAAAAUCCGCGAAAAAGCGACCAAAAAUCGCACAAGAACCCAGUGAAAAUAACUGAAAGCGAAGGCAGGCAAUAAAAAAAACGCAAGCAAGCAACCAAAGUGCGUGCCUGUGUGUGUGUUCGUGUUCACGUCUGUGUGCGCUGCUCUCUGUCUGUGCCUGUGUGUGCGAGUGUGCCUCUCUGUCGGUGUGUGUGUGUGUGUGCGCAAAGUGUAUGCAAAAAAAGAAGAAGAGAAACGAAGAAGAGCAUUAAAAAAAAGCGUACGACGAGUUUCACGCGCGCCCAACAACAAAAACACCAGAAAUCAGCAGCAGCAACAACAAAAUCCAACAACACUUAGCAGCAGCGGCAGCAAUAAAAAAAAACAACAACAAGCAGGCAGUAAAACCUGUGUUUGUGCAAAUUAACCAAAAUAUACAUUUCCGGCUACUCGCUGCCCCCUCGCUGAGCAACAACUACAGCAGCAACAACAACGAUAUUAAGAACAACAGGAGCAGAGCAACAAGAACAACCAAGACCGCCCACCACCCCAUCAUCAUCAUCAUCCUCAUCAACUUGGAGUCUAGAGUCUGGAAUCUGGAGACGGACUUACUUUGCCGCCUGCUACUGGAGAGAGGAGCAUCUUCGGGUGGAACGCCUCGACGAUACACAACCCCGACUACGGAUUCAUGUUGAAUUUUCAUAUCGUAGAGGGCAUAAAAAGGCUUAACACUGGACCGGAAGCGUGUUUUUAAAGGGUGAUGGCGGCCUCCACUCAAGGAGAAAUUCGAGUGGGUCCCGGCCACCAGGUAAACGAUGUCUAUGCAAAACUGCCCGAUUAUAAUCCAAUCUCAAGCUUCCCCAUCGACAAGGAAACCGAUGAACGUGAACUAGAGGAAUCAAGAUGGAGUCCAGGCGUUGUUGCCGAUGGCGACUUGUUAAUGUUCUUGCGUGCGGCUCGCUCCAUGGCUGCAUUUCAAGGAAUGUGUGAUGGUGGUUUAGAAGACGGUUGUUUGGCUGCCAGUCGCGACGACACUACAAUAAACGCACUCGACGUGCUCCACGAUUCUGGCUACGAUCCAGGCAAAGCUCUACAAGCGCUCGUAAAGUGCCCCGUUUCGAAGGGCAUCGAUAAGAAGUGGACCGAGGACGAAACAAAGAAAUUCAUCAAGGGUCUGCGUCAGUUCGGGAAGAACUUCUUCCGCAUCCAUAAGGACCUGCUGCCGCACAAGGAUACGCCGGAGCUGGUCGAGUUCUACUAUCUGUGGAAAAAGACGCCCGGCGCGAACAACAAUCGGCCACACAGGCGACGCCGCCAGAGCGCCCUGCGACGCAAUCGUGUCACGCGGGCCAACAACAGCAACAGCAACACUCCUCCGAAGAAGGAGGACACUCCAGAACCACAAACUGCGACGACGGCGACGGCGGCGGCAACCGCGGCGUCCGAGACGGCGAGUCGCUCCUCGCCCGCUGUCUCCAAGGAGGAGAACAGCUCGCUCACCGAGGACGACGCCAGCGAGUGCGACAGUGAUUCGAGUCUGACCCACAAAAGGGAUGAAUCACCCUCAAGGAUGAGGACGCGUAACAAGCAACAGAACAACAACAGCAGCACCAGCAGCGGUAACAACACGGCCGGAAACGGUGGCGGUAACGCCACAUCCAUAAGCAGCGGAUCAACCGGCGGCGGUGCCGCUGGCGGCAACAAUUCGUCUAAGGAUCAAUCAGCCAACGCCGUGGCUAAUGGCAAGCGACCCAAGAGGGGCUCCGAAACACCGGACGUGUCCGGCGGAGCCUCGGUCGAUAGUCCCAAGACACCGACGAAGGCUGUGGCCGAGAGUUCGGCCAAUAAGCGCAAGGGUGGCAAGCAGGAGACGCCCAACAAGAAGAAGCGAACGGAGCAGGAGUCCAACGAGCCAAGCGCCCACGAGGAGAAUGCCGUCAAGGAGAAGCGCAAGAGACCGGACAGCCCGGUUGAGAGCAUGAACUCGGAUAGCAGGCCGGAUUCAGUGCUCGACGAUGGCGAAUCCAAUACCACGGACACCACCACCGCCGAGCAGCAGUCGACAAAGGACAGCAAGGAUACGGUCAGCUGCAAGGAGGAGCGCGAAAUGGUCACCAACGAUCUGGAGGCCAAGGCCGAGGAGAAGGUCAUCAAGGCAGAGGCUUUGGCGGAGGACAGCAAGGAUAGCGCCAUCAAGAACAUGGACGAGGAGACAAACAUCCAGGCGCCUAGCAGUGCAGAGACAAGUUUGGUGGAUGGUCCAAAUCCCAAUGCCUUGCCCAGUCCUGUGGCCGCACCAAUCACCAUGAAGGUGCCCACAAUUGCCACAGUUGAGGCGCUGAACGCGUCCGUGGAUCGCAAGGAGGCCAUCGAGAAGAUGGAGUCGUGCGACAGCGAUCCGGAGAUGCUUAAAAAACUGGCAACCAUUAAGCAGGAAGUAUCUCCGCAGCAGCAACAGCAUUUGCAACAGCCGUCACAGCAGCAGAUGCAGCAGCAACUCGCACCUGUUGGCUUACAGCCGCCUCCGUCUUGCCCGCCUUCAGAAUCAGUCUAUAUCAAAAAGGAGCCCAUGGAGGACUCGAUGGACGCCACCUGCAAUCAGAACAGCAACGAACCGCAGGACCUGAAGGUGAAGAUCGAGAUUAAAAACGAGGAUGCAUUAAAGCACAGUGCCGGAGGUAUGCCGCCUUCUGGACCCUGUGCACCGCCUUCAGCUCUACAUCCGCUCUCCGGAGCUCCGGUAGAGAGCGGCCAGGAGCCACUGCACCUGCAACACAUGCCUCAUGGACCGGUGCCAACGCAACCGCCUCCUGGCUAUCUAAUUGAUGGUCAGCUAAAGUAUGGACCACCGGGACAAGGCGUGCCUCCACAGCCUCCACAACUGCACAGCGACGCGGCUGGAGGAGUCAGUGGAGCACCGCCUGGAGCCCCGACCACGCCGCAAAAGUAUCCGCCCGAGAUGGAGAUGAAGUUUGCUCCUCAGGAUCUCAAGUAUCCACCACCGCCGCCCCUAGACGCACUCAAGUACAGCCAGGAGAUGCAAGCUGCGGCGGCGGCAGCGGCUGCUGCUGGCAAAUACGAUAUGAAGUACAUGAUGGAGCAGCAGGGCAAGUACAACGUGGAGUUGUCAGCGGCCCAUCAGCCGCCUAGCAAGCCGGGCUACCAGGACUCGCUGAAGAUACCCGAUAUCAAGCCCGGUUUCGGCCACCUGCCGCACAGCGUGGGCUCACCGCUGGACGCCGCCCAUAAAUACGGACCGCCUCCAACGUCGCAAGAGUCCCAGCAACAGCAGCCACAGCCGUCGGCACAUCAGGUACCGCCGGGAGCAACUCCACCACCCGGUAUCGCCAUGCCCAAGCCGCACUACCAACACGACGUGCAAACACCACCGUUGGGACGGCCCUUCGAGCCGACCGGACUUAUGCUCAAGUAUGGCGAUCCAUUGGCAGCCAAAUACGGGCCGCCUCAGGAUCUCAAGUACCCGAUGCCGCCGGUCUCUCAGGCGGGACCAGCGGACAUAAAGCCCUAUGGCGGCGAGAAUCUAAUCAAGUCCUCACCGUACGGACCGCCGCCGGAGAGUCCCAUUGAUGCCUCAGCGCGCUCUACACCUGGCCAGGAUAGCCAGGGCAGCAACAGCAAUUCACAGCCGCCCUCAAUGCCCCCGCAACCGCAGCAGUUCCAGUCGCCGCAUCCCUCGCCGCAUAUGCCUUCGCCAGCAGGUGGUGGCCUACCACCGGGAAUGCAUCCGCAAAAUCUCAUCCACGGCCCGCCACCAGGUGCAGCGGGCGGUAGUGGUCCCCAGCCGCCUCCGCCGCCCACAUCGCUGCAUCAGCCCACGCCCACGUCUGCAGGUCCACCCAGUCUGCAACAUGGACUACAUCCUGGCCACCAGCACUCACAGCUGUCUGCGGCAACAUCGCUACCGCCGAGCUCGAUUGGAAUUCCUCCCACGCUCUCGACUAUGGCGCCCUCGCACAUGCACCCGCACCUCCAUCCACAUGCGCAUCUGCAGGGUCUCCAUCGGCCGCACGAUCUGCCGCCCAGUAUGCAUCCACAUGCUCCCAUGCCGCUGUCGUUGCAGGGACAUCCGCAGCACGGCCAUGGAUUGCCGCCAUCGCACACUUCUCAGCAACAGCAGCAACAACAACAACAGACCGGCGGACCAGCUGGCACAGUGCGCACUCCGUCACCUGCCCAGCAGCCGCCGAGAUCCCUGCACGAUCCGCAAUCGUCUCGAGAGCCGCCCACCUCGCAGCCCUCGACCACAAUGGCAGGAUCGAGUGGUCCGGGUGGACCACCGCCCCAACAGUCGCCGCACGCGCAUCGAACAUCGCCGUUGCCAGGACUAGCGGGUAGUGGACCUCCACCACCGGGACUAAUCGGUCAUCCGAUGGCCAUACACCCGCACCUGGCCCACUUGCCGCCCGGACAUCCUGCACACGCAGCACUGGCUCAUCCUGGACACCAUCUGCUGUCACACUCGAUAGCGGGUUUGGGGCCUGGCGGUGGACCGAUCGCGCUGCUGGCCGGUCCCGGUGGGCUUGGAGGUAUUCCAGAGUCCGCUCUAAGUCGUCGCACCCCGCCCUCACACCUGCCACACUCGCAUGCCUCUUCGGCUCCACUGACGGCCCAUUCGGUCGCCAGUAUGACGUCCACCAGUAUGUCGCUGACCACCAGCACGGUGCCAUCAUCUGCCUUUAGCCGCGCCAGUCCAAGCGUACAGAUCUCGAGCAGUGGGGGCGGUCCUUCAGGCCCCGGAAGCGUUGGACCUGGUGGAUUGCCAAACUCUUCGGCAGCGGCAGCAGCUGCGGCAGCUGCUCAUCGUGCAGCGUCCCCGGCAUCCAGCGUCAGCAGCCUGAGUCGGCAGAGUCCGCUGCAUCCGGUGCCGCAGUCGCCGCUCAGCCAUCAUCCGUCGUCCUCUGCGUUAUCCGCCGCGGCAGCUGCCGUUGCGGAACGGGAUCGACAUGCGCUGAUGCGUCAGCAAUCGCCACAUAUGACUCCACCCCCGGUGUCCAAUGCCUCUUUAAUGGCGAGUCCUCUGAGCAAGAUGUACGCUCCUCAGCCGGGUCAGAGGGGCUUGGGAACAUCACCGCCACCGCAUUUGCGGCCUGGAGCAUCACCGCCGGUCAUUCGCCACCCGCAGAUGCCUCUGCCGUUGCCAUUGAUCGCGCCUGGCGGAGGAAUACCCCAGAUUGGAGUGCAUCCGGGUCAGUCACCGUAUCCGCAUCCGCUACUGCAUCCUUCGGUAUUUUACUCACCGCACCACCAUCCCUUCAAUUCGCCAUACGGCUAUGCGCCCUAUGGUCCUGGAUUCCCGGCGUACAUGAAGCCGCCACCGCAGCCGGGACAGCUCGAUCCGGCAGCCGUGAUGGCGGCCCACCAUGCUGGAUUGCAAGGACCGCCGCCCCAGCAGAUGCGCCAGGACGAGCAGAAUGCAGCGGCCGCCGCUGCAGCAGCAGCUGCUGAGAAACAACACCAAGCGGCUGCAGCAGCGGCAGCACAGCAGCACAAGGCGCCACAACAACAACCGCCCGGCGGAAUGCCACCCAACAAACCGCCGACGCCAAAGACGCCACAGGGUCCAGGCGGUGGAAUGCCCCCUGGAAUGGGUGGACCGGGAACACCGACGGGACUACCGCCUGGUGCUUAUCCAGGCAGCCAUAUGCCGGGAUAUCCACAAGGACCACCGCAUGGAUCACCGUUUGCGCCACAAGAUGGUCAGCCUCACGGACUAAAGCCCACAUCGCACAUGGACGCCCUGCGAGCGCAUGCGCACUCAGCCAACUCGGCGGGAAUGGGUGGAGGACACCAUCCGACGGAGCCAUUGCCCAUUGAUAUUGAGCCGGAUCCAGAGCCAGAGAUUCCCAGUCCAACGCACAACAUACCACGUGGUCCAAGUCCCGAAGCAAAACCGGACGACACCGAAUGCCAUCGCUCUCAGUCUGCCAUAUUUGUGCGUCACAUCGAUCGCGGGGAUUACAAUUCAUGCACGAGAACAGAUUUGAUCUUCAAGCCGGUGGCCGACUCAAAGUUGGCCCGCAAGCGUGAAGAACGCGACCGCAAGCUGGCCGAAAAGGAACGUGAGCGGCGACAGCAGCAGCAGCAACAACAACAGCAGCAGCAACAACAGCAAGCAGCUGCCGCGCAACAGGCGGCACAGCAAGCCAAGAUGAAGGCGGAGCUGAAGCCCCCGUAUGCGGAUACGCCGGCACUGCGUCAACUGUCGGAGUACGCUCGUCCCCACGUCGCCUUCAGUCCUGUUGAGCAGAUGGUGCCAUAUCAUCAUCCAAUGGGCCCCAUGUACAGAGAGAGGGAACUGGAGGAGAUCAAAAACGCACAAGCUGCUGCGGCGAGUCAGUCCAGACUAGAUCCGCACUGGAUGGAAUACUAUCGACGCGGCAUCCACCCCUCGCAGUUCCCACUGUAUGCGAAUCCGGCGAUAUCGCAGAUGGAGAGGGAGCGUCUGGGAAUUCCACCUCCGCACCAUGUGGGGUUGGACCCGGGCGAGCACAUGGUGCGUAUGAUACGAUUGACGAGAGAAUAUCAUGCACACUCUCAUACUCAUUUACAUUUGCCUUUGCAUCCACAGCCGCAACCACCGGAGGCCGGUUUCCAACUGCCACCGAAUGUUGGCCAGUAUCCGCGGCCAAAUAUGCUUAUACCUAGGGAGCCGCACUCGGAUGUCCUGCUGCGCAUGUCCUAUGCCGACCAACUACAGUAUUUACAGGCCGCCGAGUUCCAGCGACAGUCCCUGCACGAUCAGUACUUUAGACAACGGCCCAGAUAAGUGGACAGGCAGCAAUUGUAGAGAGCAAGCAACUGAACAAAGACAAUACUCGGGCCGCGGCCGUGAGGAACUGCUUUGUGUGAUUUUUGUGUUCAAGCGUUUACAUUUUGUUUUCCGCACAUACAACCCCCACAUACUCACCACAAAAACAAAAAAAAAACCUACAUCAACAUCAUCUGCAGAGACGACGUCAGCGUAUGGCUCAAGAAUCCAGAAACCAAGCGACUCUAAGUUGCGCAACGCCUUGUCACGUUUUUAUGUAAAAAGAAUCAGCUGCGUUAAUCGGGAGUGGUUCGUCGAUUGUUCCGGCUGCACACAGCACACAUCACACCAGACACUCACUGACCAAGGCAUCCAGAAUCAAAAAGCAGAAACCAACUACAAAACUAAACUAAACAAAAC